AUGUCGCGCCACGCACGUCUCGCAGAAUUGCGAGCGCUGCGAGCAUCUGGCAAGACACGUCUCUCUACCUACAAUGUAGAAGAAGAAGAGAAUGUAUAUGAGGAGGUAGACGAAGAAGGCUACAAAAAGGUGGUCAGGGCUCGCCUUGAUCAAGAUGACUUCGUCAUAGAUGACAAUGGCGAGGGGUACGCGGACGAUGGGCGGGAAGAGUGGAUGGGCGAGCGGAGGGACGACAGUGCCAGUGGAAGCGAGGAGGAAUUGCCCUUGAAAGGCAAAGCUGCGAAGAGAAAGCGUGAAGAAGACAAGGAAAAGACGGAAAGAACCAACAACAGCAUCAACAAGUACUUUAGUAAUGGACCUGUUGCUGCGGCUCCAAAGCCGAAGCCUGUCGCUACUGUCGAGGAUGCUGUUUUCAUGGCAGAUCUGCUGGGUGAAGUGGACACGAACAUACCAAGUCGUCUUCCAUUGAAGACGGUCAAGACGGAAUCUCGACGGAAGACUCGCGUGCUCUCGCCUCCAGUAUCACUAGAAAGGAAAAUCGCCCUUCCCAAGCAGAGAGAAGCAAACAAAGCUGCCCACUUGCUCAACACCCCGCCUCUAGAAACAAAUUACAAUGACGACGAUGGCUUUAUGGGAGGCAUAGAUGACGAUGCCUUCCCCGCCAGCGAUCCAAUACCAUCUUCGCCGACCAAGAAUGCGGUGGAUCGUAAGGGUCAGCAGUCAGUCAAGGUCGAGGAGGAGGAUGAAGACAUGAUGGAGGUAGCUCAAGCCAUUGGGGAUAGUAAAGUCAAGGCUGCAAGUGUCAAUAUGUCUGGAUCACGUCCUACCCCGAAGGUCGUGAAAGCUCCUGCGUAUCCAUCACCAGCAAGCUCCUCUCCUACCCGACCACCAACCGAUGUUGUUGACGCAUCUGCGUGGAACGACAUCACUUCGAAGCUCAAUGUUUUGAGCAGCCAAGAGCCAGCAACAUCUAGCUUUGGAAAAGUCAGGAUCGAAGACGCAACCGAGGAUGACGGCAGUCUACGCUUCUUUUGGACAGACUACACUGAGGUCCAUGGCAGCCUCUGUCUCUUUGGCAAGGUCAAAGACAAGAACUCAGGCGCAUAUGUCAGUGCCUUUGUAAAGAUUGAUAAUAUUCUAAGGAAGCUCUACUUCCUACCCCGAACUUACCGCCAAAAACAUGGGCGAGACACAUCUACCGAAGUUGAGAUGGGUGAUGUCUAUCAAGAAGUAGACGAGGUCAUGACAAAACUUCGCGUGGACAUGCACAAAAUUAAACCAUGUUCGAGGAAAUACGCCUUUGAACUUCCAGAUAUACCAAAGGAAGCCGACUACUUGAAGCUGAUGUACCCGUAUGAGAAGCCUGCUUUGCCGGUAGGCAUGAAGGGGGACACCUUCUCACACGUCUUUGGAACUACGACUGCGCUCUUUGAGCAGUUCGUUCUCUGGAAGAACAUCAUGGGUCCAUGUUGGUUGAAGAUCGACGGCGCUGAAUUUGCACCCCUCAACAACGCCUCUUGGUGCAAAUUUGAGGCUCAAGUUGCAUCUCCCAAGGCCGUUACUGCGCUGAAAGAAUCCGACAACAUGGAUGCGCCGCCUUUGACCUUCAUGAGCAUCGCACUCAGAACAAGUUUGAAUGUGAAAGAGAACAAGCAAGAGAUCCUCGUCGCCAGUGCGCGUAUUUAUGAGAACAUUUCUCUUACUGAUACGACUCGUCCGGAGGAUCUGCCAUGCAAGACUUACACCAUCAUGCGCCCUGCUGAGACCUCUUAUCCAACCGGCUUUGAUGCACUGAGCAAGAAGCAGCGUGGCACUAUCAUGCUUGGGAAGAACGAGAGUAUGCUCCUUUCUAUGUUCCUUGCAGUCUUAGAGAGGGCGGAUCCAGAUGUUCUCAUGGGCCACCAAUUGCAAGAUGUUGACUACCCGAUCUUGCUAAGUCGCUUCCGGGAUAGGAAGACUCCAGGCUGGCACAAAAUAGGGCGAAUGAGGCGAAGCGAAUGGCCCAAAAAUAUGGGAAAGGGUGGCGGAAGCUUCUUUGCAGAGAGGCAACUAGUUUCAGGACGCCUUCUCUGUGAUGUUGCAAACGACAUGGGCAAGUCAUUAAUGACCAAAUGCCAGUCAUGGAGCUUGACUGAGAUGUGCGAGCUUUACCUUGGUGAAGGGAACCCACGGCGUGAAAUAGACAACGAGGUUGCUCUCAAGACCUGGGCGACAUCAAGAGAAGGUCUCCUAAAUUACGUCAAUCAUUGCGAGGCUGAUACAUACUUCAUCGCCGCCCUCGCCUUACGAGUGCAGAUGCUACCACUGACGAAAGUCCUCACGAACCUGGCCGGAAACUCUUGGGCAAGGACGUUGAGUGGUACCAGAGCCGAGCGUAACGAGUACAUCCUGCUACACGAAUUCAACAAGAACAAGUACAUCUGUCCUGACAAAGUAUUUGGCAAGGGCAAAGCACACAUCGAAGAAGAAACGCCUGAGGGCGAGGAGGGUGCUGAUGUGAAGAAGAGAGACAAAUUCAAAGGUGGACUUGUAUUCGAGCCAGAAAAGGGGCUUUACCACAAAUUUAUCCUGGUCAUGGAUUUCAACAGUCUGUACCCAAGCAUUAUUCAAGAGUACAACAUAUGCUUUACUACAGUCGAUCGAUCAGAUCAGUUGGAGAACGACGAGAAAGUUCCUGAUGUCCCUGUGGACCAAAACCAAGGUAUACUGCCGAAACUCAUCGCUACCCUCGUCAGCCGUCGAAGGCAGGUCAAGGCUCUCAUGAAAGACAAGAAGGCCACUGUUGACCAGCUUGCUACUUGGGACAUCAAGCAACUUGCCUUGAAAUUGACUGCCAAUUCCAUGUACGGUUGUCUUGGAUAUACGCAGUCAAGGUUCUACGCCCGGCCUUUGGCUAUGCUCACAACAUCCAAGGGCCGAGAGAUCUUGCGGAGUACCAAAGACCUUGCGGAAAGCACGCAGUUGCGAGUCAUCUAUGGAGACACCGAUUCUGUUAUGAUCAAUACUAACGCUGAUAAUAUCGAGGACGCGAUGAAAGUUGGCAUUGACUUCAAGCGUUCCGUCAAUGAGAAGUACAAGCUCUUGGAGAUCGACAUUGACAACAUUUUCCGAAGACUCUUGCUACAUGCCAAGAAGAAGUACGCCGCGAUCAACAUGAUGGAGGUUGACGGCAAGUAUGUGGACAAGCUUGAAGUCAAAGGUCUUGAUAUGAAGCGAAGAGAAUACUGUGCCUUGUCCAAGGAAGCGUCAUCACGCUUGUUGAAUUUAAUCUUGUCUGGCGAAGAGCCCGAGGUGGUGGUCGGCAAAGUCCACGAGUACCUUCGCGAGCUGUCCGAGAGGAUGAGAGAGGAGAAGGUCCCAGCUCAGAAAUAUAUCAUCUUCACAAAACUCGGCAAAAACCCCAAAGACUACCCCAAUUCCGACAGCAUGCCCCAAGUCCAAGUCGCUCUCCGCGCCCUCGCCCAAGGCAAAAGUGUCCGCGUGAACGACGUGAUCUCCUACAUCAUGACCGCGCAUGCCGUGGGGACCACCACAGCCCAUGAAUCCACCGCCAAACGUGCCUACGCCCCUGCAGACGUAACAUCGGCCUCCUCAACCUUAAAACCAGACAUUGAAUGGUACCUCUACAAGCAGAUCUUCCCUCCCAUCGAACGUCUAUGUGCCCCCAUGCCUGGCACCGAUGCCGUUCACCUUGCCGAAUGCCUCGGUCUUGAUACGAGGAAAUACAGCAUUGCUUCUGCGGCGUCCUCGAACCAAACGCAGGAGAUCAGUCCGCUGGAAAGUCAAGUACCGGAUUCUAUCCGGUUCAGAGACUGCGCUCGACUAUCGCUCAAAUGCCGUUUCUGCAAACACGCUUUUCUCUUCGAAGGUAUAGCCACUUCCAUUGCCAACGUCACCCCCGAAGGCAUCGUCUGCCCGGCACCAGACUGCAAACGCCCCUUCUCCACAUUAGGUGUAGUAUCCCAACUCGAACAUGCCAUCCGUCUCCAAACAUCAAAGUACUACGACGCCCACCUCAUCUGCGACGACAGCAGCUGUGGAAACCGCACGCGGGAGAUCAGCGUCUAUGGACACCGCUGUCUUGGACCCAAAGGUCGUGCUGAAGGUUGUUUGGGCCGGAUGAGGUAUGAGUACUCUGAAAAGGAUAUGUAUAAUCAAUUGUUGUAUCUUCGAGGUUUGUGGGACGUGGAGAAGGUAGGCAAUGGGGUGGUGAAGGGUGACGGUGACGGUGAGGGGGAGGAGAGGGAGAAAGUGAAGGCCGUGAAAGAGUGGAAUAGGGAGAGGUUUGGGACGUGUAAGGGGGUUGUGGAGGGGUAUUUGAAGAGGUGCGGGAGGGUAUGGGUGCAGAUGGAUGGGUUGUUUGGGUUUGCUUUACAGAAGUAG